AUGUCAUUGCUGCAGCGGAAGUCUGAUGUGGUGUCCUCGUGCACCCCCAGUGUGCUGUGUGACAGUCAGUGGGAUACUGUCAACGAUGCUGUCCUUGAUAUCUACGCUGUGAAUGUCCAGCUGGGAGCCAUGGCCCUCUGUACAGGAACUCUCAUCACUGCACCCAUCGGGAGGAAGUUCGUGCUCACUGCAGACCACUGCUUUGUGGGUAAGGGGCUGCCACAUAAGACAGCGAUCAACAAUUUUGAGUACUGGAUACUGAUCUUCAACUAUGAGCAGUCAUGUGGAGAAAAAGAAACACCACCCAUCAAACAGGUCAUUCAGGGAUUGAGGCUUGCAUUCUACGACAGCAAGGCCGAUAUCCUCCUUCUAGAGAUAUCUGCAACCAUCCCAGACAGUUUCAAGCCAUACAAGUUGGGCUACGAUGGCAGCGAUAAUGCAGUGCCAACACGAGCCAUCGGCAUACAUCAUCCAAAUGGCAACUUCAAGCGUAUCUCUUAUGCAAACAGCAGUGGCAGCGUCACGACGAAUUUCACAGCAAGGAGAUUCCCUGUUGGUGAAAUUCAGCCGUCUGCCACAACGCAUCUCCAGGUACUGUGGAGCAAGGGUGCAACAACAUCAGGCUCGUCUGGAUCUCCGCUGAUAGACAUGGACACAGGCAAGGUUGUAGCUGUCUUGACUGGAGGCUUUGCCAGCUGCUCUGAACCCCAGGCCCCAGACUACUAUGGCCGCCUGUCUGCGGCAUGGAAGAACGGCCUGGAACACUUCCUAUCCAGUGCUCCCCCAGAUGGUGUCUUGGAGGAGGUUGCAGAGAUUCUGACAGCCUCCAGCGAUGGAGGAUCCAUCGUGGUCCGAACCAUGAACUCAACAAGAUCCGCCAAGCACGGUCCUGGGCUUUGCUUCUUUCCCCAUGUAAUUACCUUCUCGCCACAGGAACGCGCGAAGAGCUUCACCUAUUUCCUCACAGAUCCGAUGCCCUUCGAGAACGAGACCAUCACAGUGAACAUUACAGUGCGCGGCGCGAUACCAGGCAAUCUAUUUGAUGUCUCAUCUUAUGUGGUCCUCUCGGAAAUCAGCGACGUAUUCACCCCCACGGAUGUCUUUGCUUACAAAAGGAGCAUCGAGAUCAGCAUGUCUGAUGAGAUAAAUGCAAACAUAUCCUACUUCGUGCCGGGCAAUAUGGCCCGCUUCCAAUUGAUCUUCAGGCUGACUAGUUCAGUGAAUCAAAAUUACCUCCACAUACACACUCUCAAGGGAAUUGCUCAGGCGUCCACUGGCCCCUGGACGCAGUAUGACGCCUUGGAACUUGAAUGUGAUGAUCUGCCAUGUACCAUUCCCUUCCCGGGGAGCAAUGGCACAGAACCAGUGCUGUUUGACGAGUACAACCCAGAGCCUACCAUGGACGCCGACCCUCAGCUGGCCAUCUUCUCAUUCUCACCUGAUGAGAGCCUGAAUGUCCAGAUGGACAUCUGCCUCCUAGAUGGCAUCCUCAUCGGGGCGACAGUCUCAAUCUACAUCAACCAGCAGUUCACAUGGACGCUCAGCAGUGACCCUUUUGGGGAUCCAAACUGCCUGCACAUUGCCUCUAUCGCGGUGAAGGGUGCAGAGAAUUACACUGUGGUGGUCUCUGACCAGGACAGCUUUGACGCAGUGCUACCCGCACGAAUUGUCAAGUACCUCUAUUUUGACGAUGCAUCCGGGGAGGUGUUGGGUCCAGCAGUGCAGGGGCCCGUAACGGGGCCCGCGGCGUCGGACGUGGCAUCCAAAGCCGAGCGCGUCGCGCUCCCAGCGAACUCCCUGCUCCCUGCGGCGGCCCCGGCCCCGGCCGGCGCGCUGCGGCCGGCCGCCACCGCGCACCCGGGCUCCGAGCGGCCCUACGGCGGCAGCGCUCACGCACCCGCCCCGACAGCUCACAAGCGCGCUAAGGCUCCAAGCCCCAGCAAGCUCCCACGCCCUCUUGCUGCAAGCCUCCAGUCCGCGCCUGCUUUGGCGCCCAGCAGAAUUGGCGCCCCACUUCCGUCAACACCGCCUCUCAAGGGUCCGGUUGCCGGGCCGGCGAUUGCGCCCGCAGCGCAGCGGCUCCCGGCGCCGAGUGUCGCGACGGCCAUGCCGCCGAGCCCGUACUUGGUGGCAUGGGCGAGGCAGACGGACGGACAGUGGCCUGUGACGAAGGCGGAGUCUCUGGCUCUGGCCCCUAAUAAUCCCAGCAUGGCUGCAUCUGCCACUUCGCCAGCGCCGGUUGUUGCGGCUGCGCGCUCGGCUGUGGUGGCCCCGAGUCCGAGGGUGAGCACUGCUUCGGUGUCGGCCGCCGCGGCAGCGCCACCGGCAGUACUGACGACACCCAAGAGAACUGCCAUCCUGUUCACAGGAGACGGAAACUAG